AGAAGAAGGAAGCAAGGCAGGGGGAAGAUGAGGAUCUGAGCUGCAGACGCAGUGGAGGGAGGAGAGUGGAGAGGAACGCUGGCUCAAAGUCUGCCCCAAUACUUCCACACAUUUCUCCCCAGCGGAGCAAACUACGAUGUUCCAAACUUCCAGCUGAAGGUCUCUUUCAUGAUAAGAAGAAGCCCUUUUCCGGCUGAUGCAGCCUUGCAUCUUCUGACCUGAGGCCCAGGACAACAAGACAUCAUGAACACGUCGACGAUCGCCAACAGCACCCCGCACUGCUACACCAUCAACAACCCUCCAUUUGAGUACGUGCCCACCAUCGCAUCUGCCUACUUCUCCUGCAUCUUCAGCGCCCUGGGUUUGACCUCCAACCUCAUAGCCUUCAUCGUGCUGGUCAAGUCUUUCCGACGGACGCACAGUCGGUCGCGCUCCUCCUUCCUCAUCUUCCUCGGCAGCCUGGUGGUGACGGACUUCAUGGGUAUUUUUGUCACAGGCUCCAUCGUGGUUUCUUUUCAUGUGACCCAUUUUAACUGGCGACUGCUGGAUCCAAGCUGCCACUUUUGCAACUUCAUGGGAAUGUCCAUGGUCUUCUACGGACUCUGCCCCCUGCUGCUUGGCGCGGCGAUGGCUGUGGAGCGCUUCAUCGGCAUCAACCAUCCCUUCGCCCACUCCAACCUGCCCAAGGGCCGUGCCAUCUGCAUGGUUCUGGGGGUUUGGUUGAUGGCGGGUUGUAUUUCCAUGCUGCCUGUGGCCGGCGUCGGGAGCUACCACAUGCAGAUGCCCGGCUCCUGGUGUUUCCUCAACAUCAGCUCUGAGGGAGACGAUCUGGUCUUCUCCCUGAUCUUCUCGCUCGUUGGUUUGUUUAGCAUUGCCAUGUCGUUUUUGUUGAACACAGUGAGCGUUGUGACUCUGGUCAAAGUGUGCUGCGGACAGAACCGACUUCAGCGUCGAAGGGACCACGAGGUGGAGAUGAUGGUGCAGCUCAUCCUGAUCAUGGUCAUAGCGUCCAUAUGCUGGUGCCCCUUUCUGAUUUAUAUUCUGAAGAGCGCUGUGACAUCAGCUCCUGUAACAGGUGAAAGUAUUGUGUUCUGCUUGCGAAUGGCCAGCUGCAAUCAGAUAUUUGACCCCUGGAUUUACAUCAUGUGUCAAGUGAACAAGCUCAGGGCUUUAUUGCUAAAACUGUGGCGUCGGGAGUCCCGGUCCAGAUCGGAUACCUCCUGCUGUGGCUGCGAUUCGCAACAUGGAAUCAGAUCCUGGACCCCUGGAUAUACAUCCUCUUUCGCCGAGCGGUGUUACGACGAUUCUUCCCCCGCAUUGACUGGACACGUGGUUCUGUCGUGAGCCUGUACCCGUCUUUAUGGGGCACCAUACGCAGGCUCACAUCAGAGCAGAACGAAGCAGCGGAGAAAACUAGCAUGCCCCUCUCCAACAUACCUUCUCAGUGACUGGUUUCCAAUUGUUGAGUCAUAUGCAGAAGAAGCAUUUCUCCCAUUUCACUACUUUUGCCAGGAACUUGUUGAGCAAAAAUAGUGACGUAAGUAAGAUGGAUUCAACUUCAUGGAACUUCUUACGAAAGUACCCUCUUGAUGCCCCAAAGUAAACUCUGCUGUAAUGCUGAACGUGAAUGUAGGCAAUGUUACGCCUCGAAAGCACUUGCAGACUUUGCUUGUGGGCUAACAGUAGCCAUCUGCAUCUGAGGAAGUUUUUAUUGUUUACAGCUCUCAACAAUGCUUGACAGUUUAUCACCAUCUAUCAUGUGCAUGCAGCGUUGGAAGGAAAGAAAUGUAGCGACCGAAAUGUAAUUGUGGAACAUUAAAUCUGUUUAACAUGA